UCAGCAUCAAGUUUAAUUUUCAAGUGAUUGUUUCUGUUGUAUUUAAAAAAGCAAUGAAAAUGUUUAUGGACAUGAUGAAGAUAUGGAGAAAUAAAUCAUCACAUCUGUUUGACAUGCAGACAGUCAGUUUGAAGUUCAUUAUGGUCAUUCUCUGGCUUAUUACAGGUGGUGAGUGUAGGACAGUAACUGUUCAGACUGGUGGAUCUGUUAUUAUUCCAUGUCAUUAUGAAAGUAAAUACAACCAACACGAGAAAUACUGGUGCUAUCAUUACUAUGAAGUGUACAGAUCCUGCUCUAUUCUGGCAUAUGCAAAUAAAACCAAUGGAAAUGUGUCAGUAAUUGAUCAUCCUGAUCAGAGUUUAUUUACUGUCACCAUGAGAGACCUGAAGGAUCAAAACAAUGGAUAUUACUGGUGUGCUGUGGAAAUUGAAGGAAUUACCUUUGAUGUGACAGAGUGGUUUUAUAUCAAAAUUCAAUCAGCUCCUGAUGUCUCUGUGAUGUCCAGCAAUGUAAGUGUAGAUGAAGGUGGUAAUAUCAGUGUACAGUGUCUCUACACUUCUACAUAUGAGAAUAAACACAAACAGUGGUGCAGAUAUGAAGAUAAGGGCUGUUACACAGUGGGGAUUACUGGCACAUCCCAGUAUUCUUUUAAGAUCAGUGAUGACGGGAGAGGAUCUUUGACUGUGGUGAUGUCUGGACUGAUGAAGAGUGAUUCUGGCUGGUAUUACUGUUCUGUAGGAGAUCUACAGGCUCCUGUUCAACUCACAGUCACUGGUAAAACUCAUUCUGUUAUUACUGUUGGUUGCUUUUACUGCUAUAUAAAGCAGUCAACAAUUUUUGUUCAGUUGCUAAAGUCUCUGUAGGAGAUGUACAGUUUACAGUUUAAUACAGAAGCAACAACAGGUAAUACAGACUCAAUACAUCUUGUUGGUUGUGAUUAAAUGAUAAGGAAUAGUAAUGCAGAUUUUAAAUUAGUUUCUUUUUGUCUGUAUUUGUAUUUGACAGCAGUGAUCACAGCCAGCAGCUCAAGGUGAGACAUGUCUCUAAAACAAGUCUCUUUGUCUUGUUAUCAUUUCUUCCUGUAGGUGAUCAGAUGUG